AUGUCAGAUAUUAUUGCAAGAGGUAACGUCGAAAACGGUGACAAACUUUUCAAAGCAAGAUGUGCUCAAUGUCACACCACUGCUAAUGGUGCACCAAACAAACAAGGUCCAAAUCUUUACGGUUUAUUCUUUCCUAAAUCACGUUCCUUCCCUGGUUAUGCCUACUCUGACCCCAACAAAAACACUGGAAAGUUUUGUAUCAUGUGGGGUGAACAAACUCUCUUUGAUUACUUAGAAAAUCCAAAGAAAUACAUUCCAAAGACUAAAAUGGCCUUUGCUGGUUUCAAAUCUGAACAAGAUAGAGCUGAUGUUGUCGCUUACCUUGAACAAUCAACUAAAUAA